AUGGUCACGGACCACAGUGGGGCUCCCAAUACAUUCUCUAUGGUCACGGACCACAGUGUGGCUCCCAAUACAUUCUCUAUGGUCACGGACCACAGUGCAUCUCCCAAUACAUUCUCUAUGGUCACGGAGCACAGUGGGGCUCCCAAUACAUUCUCUAUGGUCACGGACCACAGUGGGGCUCCCAAUACAUUCUCUAUGGUCACGGACCACAGUGCAUCUCCCAAUACAUUCUCUAUGGUCACGGACCACAGUGUGGCUCCCAAUACAUUCUCUAUGGUCACGGACCACAGUGGGGCUCCCAAUACAUUCUCUAUGGUCACGGACCACGGUGCAUCUCCCAAUACAUUCUCUAUGGUCACGGACCACAGUGGGGCUCCCAAUACAUUCUCUAUGGUCACGGACCACGGUGCAUCUCCCAAUACAUUCUCUAUGGUCACGGACCACAGUGGGGCUCCCAAUACAUGCUCUAUGGUCACGGACCACAGUGGGGCUCCCAAUACAUUCUCUAUGGUCACGGACCACAGUGGGGCUCCCAAUACAUUCUCUAUGGUCACGGACCACGGUGCAUCUCCCAAUACAUUCUCUAUGGUCACGGACCACAGUGGGGCUCCCAAUACAUUCUCUAUGGUCACGGACCACGCUGCAUCUCCCAAUACAUUCUCUAUGGUCACGGACCACAGUGGGGCUCCCAAUACAUUCUCUAUGGUCACGGACCACAGUGGGGCUCCCAAUACAUUCCCUAUGGUCACGGACCACAGUGGGGCCACACCUAUCAUCUCUGUGAGAGCUCAGAGCAGUACAGAGUCUACCCAGGAUACCUACUUCCAGAACACAGGCCAGCCUGCCCUGGGACGACCCAGACAACACCAUAGCCACUCUGUUGACCUGGGAAUCACUGAUGUUGCAGUGUCUGGUCAGAUGUCCAAGGAAAGGGGUUACUACACAGGACCAGGACAAGGUCGCUCCCGCCAGCACUCCAACUCAGCCGAGAGUCUGGACGGGGUCCUCCGGGGUGGCCGGGAGCUGAUGCCCUAUGGAGGAGGAGGACAGGGACCCAUCAGAGUCAAACAUAGCGGCUCCGCGGAUAGUCUCCUGGAGGGACCCAGGGGAAGGGAGAGGGGAGAGAGGGAUAGAUGUAAUUUAUUCCCAUGUUUCUGUUUGCUUAUUUCAGUGUGCCCUAAACCAGGUACAUUUGAUGCAUUUGUUUUAAGUGUAAAUAACAUUUGUUUGAAUGAUAUCGGACCUUUGACCCUGUGUGUGUGUCAGGUGGACAGCUCGGGGACCCUGUCAGACUCGGACGCGGAGAGCAAGGCUCUGAGAGAGGUUCACUCUAUAGGAGUGCAGGUGGAGGAGGAUAAGAGGCGUGCUCGGUUCAAGCGCUCCAACAGCGUGACGGCCGGCGUCCAGGCAGACCUGGAUCCAGAGGGGGGUUACCCAGGCCUCACCUUCGCUGUUCCUACCCAGGAUAAGAGCCCCCAGUUCGGCUGCUCUUUCCAGAGACACUCCUCAGAACCAGGGUCAGCCGACCAGUAUGCAGAGUACCACCGCACGGUGCACACCCAGGGCCAGUGGGCCUACAGAGAGGACUACGUCCAGGAUGGUUACGCUACAGACCCCCACCAGAUCCCCCCCCUGCCCCCGCGGGCCCACUCCCCGCUACCCCUCGCUGCGGACCGUGGAGGCUGGACAGGCACACCCCAGCCUUCACUGGAGGGGGGCCCCCGGAGUCUGCCUGACUCUGGUCGCGCUUCGCCCUGUCUGAGAGACGGAGAGUUUUUCCUACGCCUCCUUCAGAUGGAGGUGGAGAGGAUGGAGGGAUGGUGUCAGAACAUGGAGAGAGAGGCGGAGGAGAACGAGCUGCCGGAGGAGGUUCUGGAGCUGAUCCGUAACGCAGUGGGCAGUGCCCAGAUGCUCAUGUCUCAGAAGGUCCAGCAGUUCUUCCGUCUGUGCCAGCAAAGCGUGGACCCCUCAGCGUACCCCCAGCCCACCUCUCAGGACCUGUCCGGGCUCUGGGACCUGCUCCAACUCAACAUGGAAGACGUCAGGGUCAAGUUCCAGCACCUCCAGAGGCUCAAGGAAUCCGGCUGGAGGCUUCCCCCAGACAAGAAGGACGACAAGAAGCUUCCUCCCCCACUACCAAAGAAGCCAGCGGGGGGAGUGAGCGGCAGCCUCCGUGCCGACAGCGUCAGCGACCCCCCAGUGGAACGAGGGGUACGAGGAGGCGGCGGGGUGCUGGUGAUGGCCCGUAGCGGGAGUGUGGGACGGGCCGUGCCUGUCCGGGAGAAGUCCUUAGACCUGGGCGACAGACAGAGGACGGAAGCACGCAGGAGACUGCUCCAGACCAAGAGGUCCGCUUCCUUCAGACAGAACUCAGCCACGGAGAGCGCAGACAGCAUCGAGAUCUACAUCCCAGAGGCUCAGACCCGGCUCUGAACACGGGAGAUACAGCCCUUUAUCCCAGUGAACAGAACCGACUCAGACCCGACGUUUGGGACAGCCUAAAUAUAGAGAUAUAGCUAGCUAUCCCACCCUAGAACAACCACAACCAUUGAGAUCUACAUCCCGAGGCACAGACCCAGUUCUGAACACUGGAACCGUCUAAAUGUGGAGAUACAACCUCUUUUCUGAGGAUCCUAAAAUCAACCAAAACUCUCCCAAGUUCCAUACAAUGAACCCCCCUCAAUGACGAUAUAGGCCAUACUGACUUUCUCAAGCCUUCACUGCUGGGGAUGCUGGGUCCCAUCAUCAUGUCAUUUCCAAGGACAAGGAAAGACAGAAGGGGGGUGAGCAAGCGGUUGCCAUUUGUGCCCUGGAACUUUGAAUCCCCAAUAAACAAACAGAACAAUCUGGAGAGAGAAUGGUGGCUACAGGAUCACAUGGGGCUCCACUCACACUUUUUUCCCCCUCAUCUUAGUCCGAGAGAGAGAGAUUUAUUUAGAAAUAAGUACCGCUGUUGUUACAGUACAGUGACAGUCACUGAAAGGUGUAGUCGUGCAAUAGUAGCAUGUCUGUGCAUGCCUGUCCACCUAUAGCGUAGCCAAGCCUGGAAUAGCCUAGCCUAUCUUAGGCUCUUAGCCCAUCUUAGCCUCUUAGCCCAUCUUAGGCUCUUAGCCCAUCUUAGCCUCUUAGCCCAUCUUAGCCUCUUAGCCCAUCUUAGCCUCUUAGCCCAUCUUAGCCUCUUAGUCCAUAUUAGCCUCUUAGCCCAUCUUAGCCUCUUAGCCCAUCUUAGCCUCUUAGCCCAUCUUAGCCUCUUAGCCUCUUAGCCUCUCUUAACCUCUUAGCCUCUCUUAACCUCUUAGCCUCUUAGCCCAUCUUAGCCUCUUAGCCCAUCUUAGCCUCUUAGCCCGUCUUAGCCUCUUAGCCCAUCUUAGCCCAUCUUAACCUCUUAGCCCAUCUUAGCCUCUUAGCCCAUCUUAGCCUCUUAGCCCAUCUUAGCCCAUCUUAGCCCAUCUUAGCCCAUCUUAGCCCAUCUUAGCCCAUCUUAGGCCAUCUUAGGCCAUCUUAGGCCAUCUUAGCCUCUUAGCCUCUUAGCCUCUCUUAGCCUCUCUUAACCUCUUAGCCUCUCUUAACCUCUUAGCCUCUUAGCCCAUCUUAGCCUCUUAGCCUCUUAGCCCGUCUUAGCCUCUUAGCCCAUCUUAGCCCAUCUUAGCCCAUCUUAACCUCUUAGCCCAUCUUAGCCUCUUAGCCCAUCUUAGCCUCUUAGCCCAUCUUAGCCUAUCUUAGCCUCUUGGCCCAUCUUAGCCCAUCUUAGCCUCUUAGCCCAUCUUAGCCUCUUAGCCCAUCUUAGCCUAUCUUAGCCUCUUAACCCAUCUUAACAUAUCUUAGCCUAUCUUAGCCUCUUAGCCUAGCUUCCAUCUUCAUAGGAAAUAAGGGCUUCACCGGCACAAAUCUCAACCCCUGUUGUGGGCAUGGAGCAGAUUCUCCCUCUAAAUGGCCGCUCAACGUCACCCAAGGCUCUAUAAGGUCAUCUCAAAAUCAACUAGCUACCAUUCGACACCAUUUGGCUAGUCGGCUACAUCCUCUGAAGACUGUUUAAUACACGCUCACUCAACAUUCAACUACGGAUGUCAUUCAACAUACAUGCCUCCUACACAAGACUCAGUCGAUACUCUAUUCACUGAACCCUAAGAAUUUAAGAAUUUAUUCUCUCACGACUCUUUCCUGUUGGCCCGAGCAUCCAUUAAUCUACCAGCUGUCUGGGUAGCAGUGUACUGUUUGAAGGAGAGUGUGUGGUUGUUUUUUUUUUUUUUUUUUUUUUGUACAUCGUUUUUGAACGAUGCUGUUCACCAGCUUUCUAGUGUGGCACGGUAUACUUUACGGCCAGAGAACAUCGCAAACUAACAAAAAAACUUGAAGCUGUUUUCUUUUUUUGUUAUAUUCCUUCUGAGAUGUAAAAGGUUUGGCAGUGGGCGGUAUGAUUUAUUUUUUUUGAGUUGAGUUGUAGAGUUUUGCAGAAGAGUGAGAUUUCACAACAGGGGAUCCUUUUUCACUGUGAGACAAUGGCACCCCCUGGUGGACAAAAGGAGAAUCACAUAAUCACUUUGUCAGAGGAGGAGUGUGUGUGGGAUUGGGGAAUAUCGGCCUCAUAAAAACAGAGACUUAUGGUAGCAAAACAAGUCUAUGUACUUUUUAGAUAUAUUUAUUCAAUUUCCAACAAAAAUGCUUUUUCAAGAUUGGAUCGCCAAGCAAAAUGGCUAAAUGAAUCCAAGAGCUGCCAAGGAGGGUCCCAGACGAUUUCUCUGCCUGUCAGCCUCUUCCUCCCUCUAUGUAACUUCAGCACAAGGUUCUCCUCAGGGGUGUCGAAGACACACCCCUCCGGCUGAGAGAGGGAUUAACUCUUUGCUCUCCUCUCUCUCUAUCUCUCUCCCUGUCUCCCUCUCUCUCCCUGUUUCUCAGAAGCCUUGUCAUGUGUUGCCUAUACAGUGAAAUACACUCUAAUGUAACUAAAACCUUCCUCUCCAGAAUCUUUUAAAACCUAAUUCAAUGUCCCUUCUCUUUUC